GCGAGGAGUCGAUCCAUCUCUACCGCGCGUAUAUCUCUUACCCCCGUUUCGCUCUCUCGCGAGUCGUAUCGUUGAUCGCACGCGGGCUUUUCCCGACCUUCGAAGAGGGGAUUCGUCCGACGACUCGCGACGCGCCGUGCCCCUCGUGUCCCCGUCGUCGGGGUACGCGAAUCGAGGGAUCCGCGAUCUGUGCGAAUCCGUGUGUGCGGGAACGUGGUACCGCAACCGGUCAGCGCGCGUGCACCAGGCGACGAUCGAUCGACUCGGGAUACGAUACGAUCCAGAGAGGCGAUGGACGAAACCAUCCCCUUACGGGACGAUAGAUAAGGAACUCGAGGAUAAGGGACGACGACUACACUAUUUACCGAAAACGUUUCCCCGACAUCGUCGACUAAACAUUCUCGAUCACCAUCGCUCACCCGAGAAAAAUCCCCGUGAAUAAGUAACAACGCGAGGACAUCGCAUUGGAAAACAGGGAUUUGUCGGGACUUGUCGAAAAAGCGCGCGAUCGAGUCUCGAGUCUCGAGGUGCCUCUCAUCCGUGAGAUAGCACGGAAAUGCCUAGCCCGAAAUGAUGAUGUGACUGUCGGCAGUCGACGUCCCGCAUUCGGCCCAUCUCUCCCGAGGGAUGUCCUCCUCCGCGGGUACCGCCUGCACGGACGCCGAGGAGGACGCCGAGGAUGUGGAGAACGACGUCACGGGUACAUCGGCGCAAUCGUCACGUUACCUGUCGUUGUCGUCGUCGUCGUCGUCGUUGUCGCGAAUUCGUCACCGUCGCCGCGCGAGCGAUCACUUGGAAGGAUUGCGGUUAGAUGGGUCAUCGGUCGUGCAUCGUCCGCCAUCGUCCGACGACACUUCCGGGAGCACCGUCGAGGACACGCGCCCAUCGACGCCUCGGGCGCGCGGAUAAGAAGAGGAGGGGUCUGUCUCGCUCACCGCGAUCGCCAACAACGUAUGUUGUAAUCGUCCUCGAGGGACGACGACCAGGUGGAUCGAUCGACGCCGCAUUCCGAUCGAUCAUCCUUCUCCACGGCUCGAUUGUCGGCCACCUCCGGCCGAUACUCAUUUCGAGCGGAUUCGGCGAAUCGUCCGUUUGUCCCCGCAAACGACUGACGUCGGAACCAGUCGAUAUAUCGACAACGACAGUCGUCAUCUUUGACGCGGAAUCAAGAAAGUCGGUAAACGAGUUCGUCGAAUCGAACCGCCGGCAGGCACGUGCGGCUGGAAUUCCGAGCAAGCAUCGAGCGUGCGAAUCGAUAAGUGAAUUCGAGGCGCGCUCGAAGGUCCUCGAAGAGCCAGGUGGACCGUCGACUAGCAGCACGUUGGUCGCUGAGCGGUCCUCUGGGUCGAUAGACACGCUAAUCCCGUCGAGCAUCGCCGGCUUCCCCGUUCGAUCGUAUUCAAUCCGAUUGGUAAAAUCGAUCUGGGAGAAUAAUAGGAUAAACCGAUUGACAGGAAUCGUCGUUGAUCUCGAGAAACGAUUUCCGAUAAACGCUCGACCGAGUCUCUUGUUUCAUCGACUGUCAAACGAGCAAACGAUUACACGCGUCGGACAUGUGUCGAUUCUUCUGAGUAAAUCGAUAAAUCAGUUUUUCCAGCCGGCCAUCCCUAAGACGAUCGAAUCCCACGAAACGAUUCGCUUCUCUUCCGCAUCGUCCUCGAGGGAAUCGUCGAUUCUCAUAGCUGCCCCGGUUCGAGUUACCGCGAUGACGUGCAGAAGGAGGACGUCAUUCAGGUGACGAAAAAAGUCGUCGAUCCCAUCCCCGUUAUCGUUUAUCGAAAAAUUGAAGACUAUCCUUCGAUCGGCUAUUUAAUGGAUAGCAAAGGUGGUGAUAAACGACACGAGGGUCCACGACAAGAGAAAUCUCCCGAGGGAUUCGAGGCCUCUUUCGUUUUUCGUUACUUUGCCCGCCGAAAGCUUCGGAUUUAGAAAUUGCUUCAAAACGAAAUGUCAAAAAAAAAGAAUCUGAAAUUUGUCCCUAGUGCCACAAGCAAUAAAGAGUGCUUCGAUUGAUUUGCCGAACAAGUGAUGAUGGGAAACUAUUGGGCGCUUUUUUCAUCGCUCAAGAGUGCCGCGAAAUUGUGAAAUUUAUUUGAAAACUGAGCGUUCGCUCUGCGAAGAGGGCUGUUGGUUAUUAUACAGUUAUGCAAAAUCGCAUCGAAACUCGUACGCGUUUCGUACUUAUCUCGGACUAGUGCUUGUGUUGGACAGUUCUCGCGUGCGCGCGCGCGCGCGCGGGUAUCGAUCUAAAUGAAUCACGAUGAUGAAUCGUCGCGUUCGAGCGACAUCGCGAACGAAUUUGAGUGCGUGAGGUGUAUCGUCGCUUUUACUACACGUUAUCGAGAGAGAUACUCAUCCGAGGUAAGAUUACCGAGCUAAAAGCUGCGAGAAGAGAAAAAGAAAAUACGAAAGAUUUUCAUCAUGUGUCGCGAACGGCUUGAGAUCAUCCUAGCCGGUACAGGCUGGCCGAGAUCCUGAUAGCCACCGCAGCGACCAGGAUCCGGGACCAUUCAACGAAGAAAGGAUGCCAGGGGGCCGCAGGGGCCUGGUAGCCCCUCAAAACACGUUCCUGGAGAACAUCAUACGACGCAGUAGCAGUCAACCCGACAGCAGCUUCCUACUGGCAAAUGCCCAGAUCGUCGACUUCCCGAUCGUCUAUUGCAACGAGAGCUUCGUCAAGAUCUCCGGCUACAAUCGUGCCGAGGUUAUGCAAAAGUCAUGCCGCUGUGGAUUCAUGUACGGGGAGCUGACGGACAAAGAAACGAUCGCCAGGAUCGAGGAGUGCCUCGAGGGCCAGAUUCACGAUCAAUUCGAGAUUCUACUGUACAAGAAGACCAGUAGCCCACGAGAGACACCAUUAUGGCUGCUGCUGCAAAUAGCACCCAUAAAAAACGAACGAGACCUCGUGGUCCUGUUCCUGCUGACGUUUCGAGACAUCACCGCCCUGAAGCAGCCGAUCGAAACGGACGACAGCAAAGGCGGCCUUUCCAAAUUCGCCAAGCUCGCCAGAUCGGUCACCAGAUCGAGAUCGGUCCUGGUCUCGCAGUUCAGCUCGCAUCUGCCGGCUCUGAAAGAUCCAGCUGCGCCGACUACCACCAAACAAUCGCAUCUGGGUCAUAUGAUGUCUUUAAGCGGCGAUGUUAUGCCGCAAUACAGACAAGAAGCGCCGAAAACACCACCGCACAUCCUAUUGCAUUAUUGUGCAUUUAAAGCGAUCUGGGACUGGAUCAUUUUGUGUUUGACCUUUUACACAGCCAUCAUGGUGCCGUACAACGUCGCGUUUAAAAACAAGACCAGCGAGGACGUCUCUCUGUUGGUUGUCGACAGUAUCGUCGACGUGAUAUUCUUCAUCGAUAUAGUGCUAAAUUUUCACACAACUUUCGUCGGUGCUGGUGGCGAAGUGGUGUCUGAUCCAAAGGUAAUCAGAAUGAACUAUCUGAAAUCUUGGUUCAUCAUAGAUCUGUUAAGUUGCCUACCGUACGAUGUGUUUAACGCCUUCGACCACGACGAGGACGGGAUAGGUAGCCUGUUCUCGGCCCUGAAGGUGGUACGAUUGCUGCGACUCGGCAGAGUCGUACGCAAGCUAGAUCGUUAUCUGGAGUACGGUGCCGCGAUGCUCAUUCUUCUGCUCUGUUUCUACAUGUUGGUUGCUCACUGGCUGGCCUGUAUCUGGUACGUCACAUUAAGGUAUUCGAUAGGGAGAUCGGACGCCGACAACGGGGUACAGUAUUCGUGGUUGUGGAAGUUGGCCAAUGUUACUCAGUCACCGUACACCUACUUUUGGAGCAAUACCAGCACCUCACCCGAACUAAUAGCCGGCCCGUCACGUCGCACGAUGUAUGUCACUGCUCUUUACUUCACGAUGACUUGCAUGACUUCCGUGGGUUUUGGAAAUGUUGCGGCCGAGACCGACAACGAGAAGAUUUUUACCAUCUGCAUGAUGAUUAUUGCUGCCUUAUUGUACGCCACGAUCUUCGGUCACGUCACUACGAUCAUCCAGCAAAUGACGUCCGCCACCGCCAAGUAUCACGAUAUGUUGAACAACGUAAGGGAAUUUAUGAAGCUACACGAAGUGCCGAAAGCUCUCAGCGAGCGCGUCAUGGAUUACGUUGUCAGCACGUGGGCGAUGACCAAAGGUCUGGACACGGACAAGGUUCUUAACUACUGCCCCAAGGACAUGAAGGCUGACAUUUGCGUGCACCUCAAUCGGAAAGUCUUCAACGAACAUCCCGCCUUCAGAUUAGCGUCUGAUGGGUGUCUGCGCGCUUUGGCGAUGCACUUUACCAUGUCACAUAGCGCGCCCGGCGAUCUGCUGUAUCACACGGGGGAGUCCAUAGACUCCCUAUGCUUCAUCGUGACCGGCAGCCUCGAGGUCAUACAGGACGACGAGGUGGUAGCGAUUCUGGGGAAGGGUGACGUUUUCGGCGACAGUUUCUGGACAAAUCCGUCGAUCGGUCAGAGUGCGGCGAACGUCCGAGCGCUUACUUAUUGCGAUCUGCACACAAUCAAGCGAGAUCGGCUGUUGGAGGUGUUGGAUUUUUACCAGGCUUUCGCCAAUUCCUUCGCCAGGAAUCUGAUCCUGACUUACAACCUGAGUCACCGGCUCAUCUUUCGAAAGGUCGCCGAUGUCCGUCGAGAAAAGGAAUUGGCCGAGAGGAGGAAGAACGAACCGCAGUUGGAUCAGGCGCAGGAUCAUCUGGUUCGCAAAAUCUUCUCGAGGUUCAAGAGCGACGGGGAAGGCCAGAUCGGCGUGACCAGGACCGUGAGCGGACGGUCCCACCAGGAUUCCGACGAGGAGCUCACCGUCAACGUUCUGCCGCCCUGGCCAAGUUUUAGAUUUCGCCGAGAGAGGCCACACACUGCCGAUGUGGAAAAGGGCGACGGUAAGGACGCCAAGGAUGGCGAAACGUCGCACGCUAGGAAGCCAUCCGUCGCCGAGGAAGGAGGUACAACCGUCGCAAAAACGCGACCGGGAAAAUGGGGCCGUUUAUUAGGUAGCUCGAGUUUAGAUUCUGGCAGUGAAUCGGGCACGGCUGGUGACACGUUCAAGCGGUCUCUCAGCACGAGAGAUUCGCGUCCAAGUUCCAGCGUCGCCACCAACAAAGUCUUCCCGAAGCUUGGCAAGUUGGGAGGCACAAUUGAAGAGGUUAGCGAUAACGUUGAAAAUUCAAAGGAUGCUCAACAACAGCAGCAGACGCAACAACAACAACAACAGACCCUCGUCGUGGACUCGAAGCAGCUGCAGCUGCGACGCCUGGAGAGCUAUGACGGUGGUCUGAUCACGCAUCAGCCGAGCCACGAGCGAGAGAUUCUCGCGGCGGUGCUAGAAGUGAAAGUGGACCUGAAACUGGAGGUGCAGAGGGUGAAUCAAAGGCUGGCCAAGAUCGAGGACAUGUUGCAAGCGCUGAUGAACAGGCUACCAGCCGCGGGAACAUCGCCAUCCGGUGGUGCUUCUCAGCCAUCUCAGAAGAUCUCCGGGAACUUUGCCUUGGGCGGUAACGGUGCCAUCCAGAAUCAGCCGCCCGUCACCCCGAGCGCAGUGACGUUGGUCCAAUCUGCGACACAGACCGCGGAUUACAAGCCGUCAAUUGCUACCACAUCGACGUCGACGACGCCGAGCGAGGGCUAUCGGGAGCAGUCGACGGCAACGGAGCGCGUAUCCAAGAGCAGUCAGGAGCAUCACCAUCAUCAUCACCAUCACCAUCAGUCGUCAUCGUCGUCGCGGGAUGUCAACAAAGAGCUGCUGGAGCGGCUAGCACAGGCCUCUACGUCGCGCGGCGAUGAUUCCAAUGCUCUGGGACCGCUGAUCCUUCGCAAGCGACGCAGCAAGUCGCGCAAUAAGGGCGCGGCGCCGCUCGCACCACUCGCUACGCAACCGAUGAGCCCAACAGAGAUCACGGAGACCACGCAGAUGCUCGAGUGUACCGAUGACCGGGAUUCAACCGGAGGUGGACCGACCGAUAGGAGCUCUGCCGACCGGACUGCCGAAAGGUCCGAGCGUAAGAGACCGCCGCCCAGACCGAGGGAGUAUUUGUGAAAGUUCUUCUCGCGUCGCAUUAUCUCUUUUUUUCCCCUUUUUUUCGAAACAAUCCGCCGCGACGCGGUUGAAGGUUCAUCGUCCGAUACGCUUGUUAGUUUAGCAUUUAAUCACGCAAGAACGCGAAUUUGCCGCACGGUGAUGCGAUCACGCGAUUAUCUUAUUCUAAAGCUAUGUGCUACAUCGAACAAUAACUGUUUCGUUAUUCUUUCGUUCGUGUGUGCAAGAUGACAUGCCAUGACGGCGAAUCAUCGUUUCGAUGCGGCUUGGAAGAUUUGGAAACUGUUAGUCAUCUUACGUGGUCUUGAUCUCUCCGGUAGCGUGACUGAAAUAUCGUGUAAAUUGACUCUCUCGACUUUCCGCCGAGUGGCGGACGAAUACAACGUGUCGAUAAUUUUGUUUCAUAAAGGUAACAUCUGAUAAUACAUACAUAAUUACGUAAUUAAUGAGAAGAACUCCAUAUUUUCGCGCUAAUCGCUUUACAAGACGAGCUGAGAGAAAGAGAAUGAAAAGAUUUCGUCUCGAGCAAAAUAAAGUAAUUCUGCAUGGCCAAAAGCGAUAAAUAAACGAUAAAUAAAUGCAGUUUUAAAUACGAAAUUAUUCGCUUACUUCUUCGAGACACAUCGAAAUUUUCCGAGGGAGUAUAUUCACUAUGUAUCAUACAUACACACACACACACAAAACACACACAUACACACACACAUAUACACAGAUGUAGAUUCACACGCAUCGCGUAGCGGAUUUCGCGGUAGCAUCUCUCUCUCUUUCUCUCUCUCUUUCAUGGCGAUCACGCUAAAUUUCUAACAAUAAGCCUCUCCGGCCACGAUCGAAACGGUUCACGAUAUUAAGCCAACUGUCUCUUUCAACGAGAUAUUUUGUAAUUAUUAAGUGAAUUAUUCAGUGAAUCUCCGCAUGAUGGUGGUGUCCAACAGAAUCGUUAAGAAUGUGUAAUCCAAAUUGGCCAAAUAUAAUUCUCAACAGAUAUCACCUCGAAUCUUUUAAAUUUCAAGACAUCCGAAAAUAUUUAUUACAGUAACAAUAAGAUAAAGACAAAUAGCAAAAUAAUAACA